UUCCCUCCCCGCCGAGGCACUGGCACGGACAGCGACGCCCCCCCUCUCCUCCCCUUCCCCCCCUCGUGCCGUCUUCUUCUCCCUCCACACUCGUGAGUCGUGACUGACUGAGCUGAGCUGAGCGCUCCUGCUCGAGCUGAGCUGAGCUGAGCCUGAGCGCACGCGACGACGCAGGGAGUAGUUACGCGCCCGAUUUAAUGCCCUGCUGAAUGCGGAGCAGUUUCUCUCCACUGCCUUUGCUUUCUUGCUUCAGCUGCCCGGGCAUUCAAUGCCCUCGUAUCCCUCUCGCUUGACCUCCUACGCUAGCUAGCCAAGUGUGCGUGCGCGUGCGUGCGUGUGCUCCGCCGCGCGCCGGAUUCGGUGGAUAGGUAGAGGGGGGAUGAACUACCUCAGGAGCCGGAGCCUGAAGCGGCUCCUGUCCAUCGGCCGCCGGAGCAACCCCGACGAGGACUGCGUCGUCGAGGCCGAGCCCCCGCCGCCGGUGGCGGUGGCGCCGAGCAAGCCCGCAUGGAGGUGCUUCUCCUACGAGGAGGUUGACCAGGCCACCAACGGCUUCCACCCAGACAACGUGGUGGGGCGUGGCGGGUACGGCGAGGUGUACUGCGGCAUCCUGGCGGACGGGCGCGCCGUGGCCGUGAAGCGGCUGGCGGCGGCGGCGGCGGACGAGAAGAAGGAGAAGGACUUCCUGACGGAGCUGGGCACGGUGGGCCACGUGCGCCACCCCAACGUCUCCUCCCUCCUCGGCUGCUGCGUCGACCGCGGUCUCUACCUCGUCUUCGACUUCUCCACCCGCGGCUCCGUCUCUGCAAACCUCCACGACGAGAAGCGGCCGGUGAUGACGUGGAGCCAGCGGCACGGCGUGGCGGUGGGCACGGCGCGGGGGCUCCGCUACCUCCACAAGGGCUGCGCGCGCCGGAUCAUCCACCGGGACAUCAAGGCCUCCAACAUCCUCCUCGACGCCGACUACCAGCCCCAGAUUUCCGACUUCGGACUCGCACGGUGGCUGCCGUCGGAGUGGACGCACCACGCCAUCGCGCCCAUCGAGGGCACCUUCGGGUGCCUGGCGCCGGAGUACUUCACGCACGGCAUCGUGGACGAGAAGACGGACGUGUUCGCCUUCGGCGUCUUCCUCCUCGAGCUCAUCUCCGGCCGGAAGCCCGUCGACGGCUCCCACAUGAGCCUCCUCGCAUGGGCCAAGCCUUACCUGAAGGACGGCGUGGUGCAAGGGCUGGUGGACCCGCGGCUCGGCGACAUCGGCUACGACGCCGCCCAGCUCCGGCGGCUCAUGUUCGUCGCCUCGCUCUGCGCCAGGGCCGCCGCCGCGUGGCGGCCCACCAUGACGGAGGUGCUGGAGCUGCUGGAGUCGUCGGCCGAGAUAUCGCAGGAACGGUGGCAGAUGCCGGAGGAGGCGGUGGAGGACGAGUUCUGGGACUUCGACGACCUCACCGACUUCGAGGACGACGACUACGACGACAAUGACUACGACGGCGAAUCCGAUUCCCCCUCGAUAGCCUCGUCUGCGUGCAGCAUCCACGCCAAUGAUUGAUUACAUUAGUCCCCAUCCAAAUCUUUUUUGCAGCUGUCAGUAGAUCAAGUGUCCACUUGGUUUUUGGCUUAGGAGAUCGGUAUGAGUAUGCAUAUGAUCCUCUCGAUUAUAUCAUCAGUGUACAUAAACAAAACCAACUACUAGCAACUAGUGAGGCGAGAAUAGCAAGGGAUUUGAUCAAGCCCAUGGUUUCCAUUA